CUUCUGGCGUGGAGGUGUGCAGGUGUGUCGAGAUGCCCUCGUGCCGACAAGGUCGCGUCCGUAAGGUCUACCUCCCAGCUUUCACCGAGCACAACUUCGCCUCUGUCAUUGUCCAAUGCACUGGGUCUCUCAGCGAACGAGAUCAUCCAGACGUCCAGUUUAUGUCAGCAGGAGUCGGCAACAGGCUUUCAAUCGUUGUGGCUGUUGAAAAGAUGAAUAUAUCGAUGGCAGCCAUGCAGGGAAGCUGUAGACGCAGGUGCCCGCUUCUAGCGGUCGCCCUCCUGGUCCUCCUAGAGACCGCAGCCGGAGCGGAUCACGGGUCCACCCAGCACGCUCCAGCUCCCGGCGAGGACAGCUCUCCUGCGAUACCGAUGCCCCGCGCCGACGAGACACCUGCCGGGGACAACAACGACCUGGAGUUCUACAAGCGCCUCUACGACUUCGGCCUGGGCAAGCGCGCCUACAGCUACGUGUCCGAGUACAAGCGUCUCCCGGUCUACAAUUUCGGCUUGGGCAAGCGCAGCAGCCGGCCCUACUCCUUCGGGCUCGGGAAGCGUGGGAGACAGUACUCCUUCGGCCUGGGCAAGCGUCCCGCCGACGAGUACGAGGACUACCCGACCGUGGAAGACGAUGACACGGAGGAGGCUGACGACGGCGACGAUGAGGAAAACUCCGUGGACAAGCGCGGCCGGCAGUACUCUUUCGGUCUGGGAAAGCGCGCCAAGCCGUACUCCUUCGGUCUGGGCAAGAGGACUUCCCAACCUGGGCAGAACUCUCUGUACUCCUUCGGCCUGGGGAAGAAGGCCGAGAGACCUCACUCCAUGUACUCGUUCGGCCUGGGGAAACGGGCCGACGGGAGGCUGUACGCGUUCGGGCUCGGCAAGCGUCCGGCCGGGGAGGACCUCUUCGAUGACGACGAGGAUUCGGGGCUGGACGAAGGGAAGAGGGCCCAGCACAGGUUCGCCUUCGGCCUGGGCAAGCGGGAGGUUUCCACGGCGGACCUGGAGGCGGUGAAGAAGGAGCAGGAAGAUCUGAAGCCCAAAGCAGCAGCAGCAGCAGCGGGGGAUCACAAGAUCUCCAAGAGGAGUCUCCGGUACCCGUUCGCCCUGGGCAAGAGGGGCGAAGACUGGGACCUGGAGGACGAUAACAGGCUGCCGUCGUACGCCCGCCUGUCGCGGCGACCCUACAACUUCGGGCUCGGGAAACGGGUCCCGAUGUAUGACUUUGGGUUGGGCAAGCGUUCGGAAAGCGAAUGAAUCUUCCUAAUUCCCCACCCAUCCCUACCAUGAAACAAAAAGGGAGAACCUCCACCUAUGUAACAAACUGACUGUACAGAUAAGUGUAAAUAUUAAAAACCUAGAAAAAAAUAAAUAAUGUUCACUCGUAACGUUUUAGUUAUUCGAGGCAAAAUUACUUUGUCUAAACAGUAUCGUUUCGUUGUCAUUAAACCACAAGGAGUUAUCUACAGAAAUGUAAAUGAUGUAUUAUUAUUUCAAGGUUUUUGAAAACUAAGAAGCAGAAAUAUAAUAUGUACCAAUUAAUUUGGCCUCUUACCUGUCUGCAGGUCAGUUGAACAUGCUAGUCAAAUGUACCUUCUCGCAAGUUUUAUAAUUUUCGUCGCUAUGUUGUUAUACAUGAAUAAAUUAUAAAAUUUCUGAUGAAA